UAGACAACUUCAUUUUGCAUUAUUGUUUGUGAACAGCAUUAUUUUUGCAGAUCGAUCGCGUUUUUCGAGCUCUUAUAUUUUCCUGGUUUUAUCGGCAAAAAAUUGAUUUAAUUCUGGAUGGAACUUUACUUGCGUGAGUACAUAUAAUGUCCAAAGAAAUAACCGCCGGUGAGGAUAAUGGCCUGAAAGUAACAUCCACCAGGAAAAACAAAAGUGCUUCCGGUGCAAAAUCCGAACGGAACGGUGCCACGAACGACACGGGCACAGGUCGAAAGUUUAGCGACCGUCAUCUCAUUAAGAAGCGAGUUCUACCGAAAUACUACACACGGGAGAACGACAUUUACGUGACCUACAAGUCGGAUUUCACGUUCCAGUUCAAAAAGUGUUUAGAGAUAUUGAAUUCUCACAUUGGAGAAGCGUUCCUCCAUUGCACGGGAAGAGCAAUCAAUCGGGGCAUUAAUCUAGCGUUGAAAAUCAAAGAAGAGUAUCCAGACGCGUUCGAUUACGAAGUAAAUACUUCUACCAUUACUGUUACAGACGACCUUCACCCAUUGAAAGACGACGAUGACUUCAGUGAGCAGCGUCGCAUGAACUCCUGUCUGCACAUUCGCCUGUAUCGGACGGUCAAAUUGAAAACGAUAAACUCUACCAUCUAAACCAUUCACAG